AUGCUGCAACAACAGGUGACAAUUGUCAGCCCUAAAAGAGAAGAAGAAUCAUCCUCCUCCAUACGUGAAACAACAAUGGCAUCUGAUGAUUCGGUGCCAUCAUCAAACGAUCAUGUUACGCCGGGUUCAACACCGUUGGACCAUCAUGCAUUGACAACAACAAUCACAGACACCACGAGCAAUAGUCUCACAACAACUUUAACAUCAUCCAACAACAAUUUUCAAGAAGAUAAUCAGCUGUCAAUACCGAACAUCACCACUUUACAAGCAACAACGGAUUGUAUUCAUGAGAAGACCAUUGGGAAGGAACAAGAAACAAUUAUUGACAACAACACAUCUGCCAUACAGCAAGAAUCGAAGAGUAGUAACGACAACAACAAUAUCCCCACUUUUGAAUCUACAAGUUCAGCAGCGUCGUCCGCUCCGCCAGCACAGCAUAGUCAUCAUCAACCAACAACCAGUCUAGACUCAUCAUCUCUACAAACACAAAGUAACAAGCUUCUCAAACAAGCAGAAAGCCUUCAUUCUGGAGAAGAAGAUCAAAUCACUCCAACCAUACGAACCACUCUCCGACCACAACCACAACCACACACUUCCUGUACUCAUAACAAUAACCAAAAUAUUCAAAAACAUGAGAAUUCAUCAACCGCUUCUUCCAUACUGCUCGAAGCUUCAGCCUCCAUUCAUCAUCAUUCAACGAGCACCAUGAGCCCAGUAAAAACUCCAACGUCUGAAGAGAAGCACGCACUCUCGGGGAAGGUCUUUCGACAUUUAGCAAAUUAUCUCAAUCAUGUGCACAACAAGAAGGAAAGUAUUCUUGAGAGAGAGGCUCAAAUGAAUAAUCAUCGAGCACAUAAUCCCACAACACCACAUCCAUCCAAUGGUGUGUUAUUUCAUCAUCCUUCUCAUUCAUCAGCAACCAACUCCAAUUCGUCGACUUUGCUCUCGGCAUCAUCAGAGAUGAACCAUCGUACUCUGUCGCCCAAGCCGUUGAGUGAAUUUACCAAUAAUCACUCCUUUUCCACUCCCGCUACGACUACGACCAUCAUCACUUCUUCUACGACACAACAACAAACAUCCUCUUCAUCAACAACUUCUCUCAAAUCAUUAACUUCCUCAUCCACGCUGCAAUCGACGACUACGUCUACCACUAUGAAUCAUCAUCAUUUUAUUCCAACAAGCCUUAACAGCGGAAAUAAUGUAGCUAUCAUUAACGGAAGGAGAGUUGUUUUGAAUUUUCAAACAUCGACGCCUUUGAAAUCCACACAAUCAUUUCUGAUGCACCCCACUACUUCAACAACAACGACGCCAAAUAAGCAACAAGCUGUAUCAAACCCUAACUCAUCACGUGAUACAACUUCCUCUAUGGCCGAUCUUGGAAUUUCUCGACACAAUUCCUCCUCGGCCAAUAUUUCUCCCUCAAACAAAAUAAGCCAACCAUCCCCUUUUUCAUCAAUUUCUCAAUCGUCGUUGCAUCCAGAAAUUUCCUCUCACUCUCAACAAACGAUAACAACACCUAGUUCAAUAGCUUUAUCUUCAUUAAAUCCAAACACAAGUGGAGUGAAUAACGAGGAUUAUCAUGUAAAUACAUUCACUACUGCUUCAUCAACAAUCAACAAUAAUGCCAAUUCCUCAUCCCCUAAAACCACAAAUAUUCCCACUCCUAAUGUUUUUCAAAAUACUGACCUAGAUAAUAGCCCUUCCAAGGAAAAUAACUCCUCAUUACUGCUAGAGAAUACUAGUACUUCUCCAUCAUCACCAUCUCAAAAACCAUCCUCUUCACCAACUCAACAGCUAAGCAGCCUUUUCAAUUUGAUUGCCAACAGCUCAAAAGCCUUAAAAGAGGCAAAUGUGACAAUCAAUUCACCAACCAAUGCCACUCAAAUUUCAACAUCUUCACUGUUAAACAAGUACAGACAUAAUAGGAGCAAAAGUAAUGGUCAAAAUCAUAUUCAUGGCAAAGAUCAGAAAAAUGCAGGAGAUUUAUCGACCAAUACACACAACUCCUCGCCAAAAAGACAACUUUUUCAUUUGGAUUUCAACAAUAAGUCAAAUGUAGACGAUAAUACGGAUUUCACUCACGACAUGUUGUCUGUCCGAUCGAUCACCAGCGUCACAAGUUAUGCUGAUCAAGACACUAUAACUCCUCGUGCAGAUAACAUAAAUUAUGGAGCUUUUGGAGGAAUUGUUGGAAUUGGAUCAUCCAUUACACAACACGUAAACGAACAUGUUGGAAACAAAACGCCAAGAAGAAAAUUAACACAGCCUAAUAAUCCUUUAACCCCUAGGUCACAAAGCAAAACAACACAAAAGCCCAAAUUUCGAUCAGGACGGAGAAGCAACUCUUUAGCUGCCUAUGCUGUGGAUAGUAAUAAUUAUUUUUUCUCACAUGAAAACAAUAAUAGCGAACUUUUGAAACUCACAGAUACUGCAGCGAGUGCUUCCUCUUCCUCUGGAUCUGAACCAAGCCUUUUUCUUGAUGUUAAAGCUUCAUCCAUGCACAGAAGCGCGUCUAGCGAGAUACCAACCACGUUACAAACUUCUCCAGUGACACCAACAAAGUCUCACAUUGGAAGGCUUGCCUCCUCACCUGCAGGAGCCAUUUCCUCGGCUAUGGCUAGAGGAGAAGUGGCAGCUUCAGCAUUAGAUAGAGAUUUCAGAGAUGGUAGAACAUCUGCUGCUUCUGCUAAGAAGAGAGAUUCUUUUGGUGUUGUCAUUCCAUCAUCUCCACUGAAACAAGUUGUGUCAUCGCUUUCAUUUUACCUCCCAAAACUCACACCACUCGAUGAAGUAGCAAAAAACUCAAACAUUAUCAUUCAUGCUGUGAAGAAAGGAUGUAUUGCACUUUUGGAAUGUGUGUUAAAUGACAUUAUUGUAAACUCUGUUAGAGAUAAUCACAACGGAAAUUCACUACUUCAAAUUGCAAUUCAACACAAUCAAGUAGAAGUUGUAGCGUUUUUAUUAAGCAAAUAUGAUGUCAAUUUGAAUCACACGAACAAGAUUGAAGGAACAGCUCUUCACAUUGCCUCUACAAAGGGUAAUUGUGACGUACUAACGCUUUUGUUGACAGCAGUAACCAAGACAGGAUCCAAAAAAAUGGAUUGGGGUAAAAAAGAUAUUUACGGAAAUGCUGGUAUUCACUUGGCUUGCGAAAUGCAUGACUUAAAGGCCGUAGAAACUCAAAUAUUACUCGGUGUAGCCCCAAUUCUAAAGAAGCGAGACUCAGGUGUUACUGCACUUCACAUUGCUGCGACCAAAGGUUAUUAUGACAUUGUAAAAUUAUUAAUCCAUUUUUAUUCUGAACCAAUUACCUUUGCCAACAUGAGAGAUGACAAUGGAUUAACGGCCUUGAUGAGAAGCGUACUAAGCAUUCACUGCAACGACACCAUGGAAACGGAGGAAUUCUUUGAGAGAUAUCAUCCUGCUUAUUAUCCAAAUUCAGCACUUGGGUCAUUUGAAAAAUUUGUUCGAACUCAUUCACGAAACUGGAAUAAGGAUUUGACACAAAACGAACGAGAAAAUUACUUGAAAAUAUGGACGUUUUUAUUGAAUGAGAUUGAUUAUAGUGCAUGCUGCACCACCAAGACCAAGGCACACGGUCUUAAUUUAUUCCAUUUAGCAGCAAUUGCCAAUAAUGCUGUAUUUUUGUCAUUAUGUGCCAUUUCCUUGCCAGAAGAAAUUUAUCAGAAGUUAUUCCUUGAACAUGACAAGUAUGAAGGUUUUACCCCUCUUCAUGUUGCCUGUUGGUAUAACAAUAUUGAAGUUGUCCAAGUCUUUUUAUCCAUUGCCACCGAAAAUGUCAAAGACAUUCAGAAAAGAAAAUCUAUUAGGGAACGACGAAGAUACACAGAUUUUGACUCUUAUCAUCGAGAACAUCCCUCAGAUUCAAUGGCAGAUUUACCAAUCACAAAGAAGAAGAGCGACUCUGAACUAUUUUCCAUGAAUUUUCCAUCCAAUUCUAGCAUUGUGCAAAAUAUGGUGGGCAGUAGUGAUGCUUCAUUGGUUGCUGAUUCUUUCAACGAUAGUCAUACACACUUAACAGGUCACCAUAUUCACAUUCCUGAACUUCGUUUGCAUGUCACAAGCGCCUCCGGUAGUCAAUCUGCACCUACACCUAGCACACCAGGAACUGCACGUAUCCGUAAAGGUCUAGAAAAACUCUCGAAUUUAAUCAAAACACCUCGACUCAGAAGUCCAAAUAGUAAUGAAGGCUCCUCUUCAAGAAGUAACCAAGCACCAAGAACACCUGUUGAUGACAGUGGAGCAAGUAACAGUAGUGGUGUGGAAAAUCAAAAAUCUAGUGCAAAAUCUGGUUCUCGAUUUUUCAAGCGUUCACGAGGGACCUCGAAAAAAGCAACUCGAAUUCGACUUGAGGAGUCCCAUGAACAAGAGACAUUACCAGUCGUAUUCAAUGAUCGAAAAAAUAUGGAUCCACACAAUUUCCGUUAUUCCAUCGACACACCAAACUCGUAUGGAGAGACAGCAUUAUUUGUGGCAUUGGAGCGAUUCAAACUUAUUCUAUUGGAAGAGCAAGAAAUUAGAAAUCCUCUUCUGCAAAAGAUGAUUCUCGAAAACAAACGAAAACAUCAAAAUGAAUUGAAAAGAGAAUACCAAGGCACGACAUUGUCUCAUAAUGAACCUAUUGCCACCUCAGCAAAUUCUCCAUUGGGUAUUUCUGCACAUUCCAUUUAUUCUUCUCCAUCUUCUUCAGAUAAGAGCACACGUUUUUCAAGCUUUCGUCGAUUAAGCAGUGUUCACACAGGUUCUUUCAACAUGGACAAGUAUUGGGAAGCAUUGUACUCUCGUCUCACUUCCAUCGAUAAUAUUGUUCACAUGUUGAUUGUGGCCAAGAGUUGUAUGAAAACAAGGAGCACUCGCCACAAAGAUGUCACCAUGCCACUCAUGAUUCAUCACAUUGUCGAUGAGGUUGAAAAAUUACCUGAUGAAGGAACAAAACUCUCAGACAUUCACAAUCACAUUUCAAUCAAAUAUACACUUCUUUUGAAGCAUUAUACAAACAAACAAUAA